AAUGAGUUAGAGUAGGUAGGUGUUGCCGUUGACAAGGAGAGGAACCCAACUGUAUUGAAUGUUACUUUUCCCCCGUUGAGCUGUUCUUCACUAACGACCGAUCCAAUCUCUAUCUUUCCAACUCUCUCUCUCUCUCCCCUCCAAUCUCGAGAUCUGUCUCCCAGAGAUACGGAAUGGAAAAGAAAGAGACCCAAAAACAUGUGGUAGAGAGUGUAGCAGGAGCUGAGCAAGAGAAUGGGAUCUUGAUAGAAGAUGAGAUCGAGAGGAGCAAAGUCGGCAUCAUGAGAGCUCUUUGCGACCGACAAGAUCCCUCCACUAAGGAAGUGGAUGACCUGAUGAUGAGGCGGUUUCUGAGGGCGCGUGACAUGGACAUUGAAAAGGCUUCAACGCUCUUCCUCAAGUACCUUGCUUGGAAAAAAAGUUUCCUCCCAAAGGGGUGCAUACCUGAAUCAGAGAUCGGCAACGAACUGUCGCACAAGAAAGUGUGUAUGCAGGGACAUGACAAAAUGGGUCGUCCUAUCGUUGUUUCCUUUGGGAACAGACAUAACCCUUCCAAAGGCAACCCUGACGAGUUCAAGCGUUUUGUAGUCUACACGCUGGAGAAGAUAUGUGCUAGAAUGCCAAAAGGUGUAGAAAAGUUCAUAUCCAUAGGAGAUCUGCAAGGGUGGGGAUAUUCUAACUGUGACAUCCGCGGCUACCUUGCUGCUCUUUCCACUUUGCAGGAUUGCUACCCGGAGAGACUAGGGAAACUCUACAUAGUGCAUGCCCCCUACAUUUUCAUGACCGCAUGGAAGGUCGUUUACCCCUUUAUCGACACCAACACCAAGAAAAAGAUUGUUUUCGUGGAGAACAAGAAACUCACAGAAACUCUGCUUGAAGACAUAGACGAAACCCAACUUCCAGACAUCUACGGUGGCAAGAUGCCACUUACUCCUAUUCAGGACUCCUAAUGACGGAUGAUAUUACUUACUACUCUUUUAUCUCCAAACAAUUACCCUACUUACUAUUCUUUGUAUUUUGAAUUAAACCUUAAAAAGCUUAUCGAGUAUUGCCAAUUUUAU